AUGAGUGCGGGAUCUAAUUGCUACUAUACGGGUGAAUGCAGUAUCUAUAAUGGAGUAGUUAGUGAGAGUCAAUUUUCUUAUAGUAGCUCUAUGGUCAUUGCAAUACUUCGAAAUGUGUCGAUCAUUGGAAACUAUGGUUUUCGUAAUAGUUAUAAUUUAAAGACUGUUAAAGUUCAGGAUGUACUCAAAAUUGUUAAUUCAUACGCUUUUUAUAAUUGCUAUAAGCUUGAAAAUAUAACUUUUCCAAAUACACUAAUUUCAAUUGGUGAAAAUGCAUUUUCUCAAUGCAUUGCAUUAAAAUCGAUUUAUAUGGAUGCUCCACUACGCGAACUAGGUCAAAAGUGCUUUUAUAAUUGUUCGAGUUUGGAAUCUUUUCCUUUUAACCCAGAACUCACCGCCAUACCUGAUUACUGCUUCUGGAACUGUACUAGCUUGCAAAGCCCAGCGUUUUCGAGUACCCUGACAAAAAUCGGAAACUUUUCAUUCUACAACAACACAUUUACAAAGUGUCUACUAGCCAAUACGCGAGUAGAAACGAUAGGUGGUUCGGCCUUUGAGAAUUGUUCCUUACUUGAUGAAAUCACAUUUCCCGAUACAUUAAAUCUGAUCGGAGAUCAUGCAUUUGCCAACAAUUCAAUCGUUACUAAGCUUGAUUUACCACCACAUUUAACUUACAUCGAUAGCUAUGCCUUCUACAACUUCACGAAAUUACCUAAUGUGACUUUGCCACAAGGCUUCGAGCAUAUUGGUGACUAUGCCUUCUGUGAAGGAACAAGAUAUCCUGAUUAUCUUUAUAUGUACGAUGAUUAUGCAUUCAGUUACAUCAAUUUUCCGAACACAAUCAAAUAUUUCGGAAGAUUUGCUUUCGGUUAUUGUAAACUUCACGAUGUUGUCAUUCCUGAUCCGAUCAAACAACUCGAUCCAUAUUCAUUUGCAUUGUGCAGGCUAAACUACAUUACCAUUCCACCUGUUCUACUUGAUAUCUUAGAGGGUGCAUUCCAGAACAGUUGGUUAGUAAACAUCACACUGAAUGAAGGAACAACAAGAAUUUAUCCACGCACUUAUCAGAAUAGUAAAUUGAAUGCAAUUGUAAUCCCAAGUACACUAGUAUCUGUUGGUGCAUAUUCAUUUGGUGGUUGUCCACUUAGAAACAUGUCUCUUCCAGAUGGAUUCAAAGAAGUUGAAGACUAUGGCUUUGCUGAAUCAAACUUGGAAUACUGCCGCAUUUCGAAUAUCACAUUGUUAGGUAAAUAUUCAUUUGCAAGAGCAUUCCUUGAGACAUUCACUGUUCCAGAGCCAAUUUCAUCAAUGCAAGACUAUGUCUUUGCACAAAGCCACUUAGUUUUCAUCCAGUUCCCAUAUACAAUAGAAUCAUUUGGUCAAUAUUGUUUCCAAUCAUCUGAUAUCUGCAAGAUUUUCUUUCCGAACAAGCCACUUUCAUUCGGAUACAGAUGCUUUGACAGUUCUCAUAUAAAUCAUAUUGAUCUUCCUGAUCAACAAACUGAUUUACCUAGUUACAUGUUUGCAAACUCUGACAUCAAGCAUGUUACAAUUCCAGAUACAGUUACAAUUCUUCCUGAAGGUUUAUUCUAUGGCUCAAAGAUAGAAAAUGUUACAAUUCCUUCACAAGUUACCACAUUGAGUAGUUACUGCUUUGCAUACACAAAUGUUCAGAACAUUACUUUCCCACCUGGUUUAACUACUUUUGAUUCAUACUGCUUUUCUCAUUCUAAAUUUAAAUCAUUCUAUAUUCCAGAUACAGUAACAACUUUUGGUAGUUAUUGUUUCGAAUACUCAAAGGUUGAAUCUCUUGAAUUACCUGCAGGAUUCAGAAGCAUUGGAAGUUAUUGUUUUCAAUAUACAGAAUUUGAAGAAAUAACUCUUCCAGAAGGUCUUUCUACAAUCAAUAGUCAUGCAUUCUACUAUUCAAAGUUGAAAAGAAUCAAUGUUCCAUCAACAAUUACUAGUGUUGGUGAACGUGCAUUCUAUGGCAGCCAACUUGAAACAUUUGAUAUGAACAAUAAAACAUCAUUUGGAAACUAUCCAUUUGGAAAUGUUCCAAUGAAAAAUCUUGUUCUGCCUGAAGGAAAGACUACAAUAAGUUCAUAUGAAUAUGGUGACACAAUUUUACAAUCACUCACUAUUCCAAGUACAAUUAGAACUAUUGAGAGUUAUGCAUUUAACAACUGCACAUUACCAGAGUUACAAUUAAAUGAAGGCUUGAAAUCUCUUGGUAGCUAUGCAAUGUAUAAAUCAAACAUUUCUAUUGUCAGAUUAUCCAAUACUAUCACAUCUAUUGGAUCAUAUUGUUUUUCAAAUUCAAGAUCUGAAGAAAUUUACAUGUCAAGUAGACUGAAUACUAUUUCUUCAUAUGCAUUCUCAUCUGCUAAUAUUGGAACAAUUUAUUACAGCAAUUCUUUAACAACUGUUUAUGAUAAUGUAUUUUAUAAUUGUAAAUUAUCUCAAAUGACAUUUCCUGACACACUUAGGAGUUUAGGAACUUGGUGUUUUCAAUCUUGUACACUUCAAUCAAUAAACAUCCCUGAAGGUGUAACAACAAUCCCUGAUUACUGCUUCUAUACAUCGAAAAUUCAAUCAAUAACUCUUCCAAACUCAUUGACUACAAUAAACUAUCAAGCAUUCUAUCAAUCACGUAUUCACGACAUUGUUUUGCCACGUAAUGUAAACUAUAUUGGUGAAGAAUGUUUUUAUCAAACUCCUUUGGAAAAAAUAAACAUUCCUGAUCCAGUGACUAUUUUACGUUCCAGUACAUUCGCUUAUAGUAACUUGACACGCAUAACUCUUGGAAAGAACCUGCGAGAUAUAUAUAACAAUUGCUUCGAAUACACUAGAUUGGAAAGUCCUGAGCUUCCAAAUUCUCUUGUAAGUGUUGGUAGCUAUGCAUUCAGAAAUAGUAAUGUUACAAAAUUGGAAUUCAAAGAAAAUUUCAGAACUUUAGAUUCAAAUGCUUUGUCAAGUAGCAAAAUAGAAAACGUUACAUUCAAGUCACUUUAUUCUAUUGGUUCUUAUGCCUUUUCAAGCAAUAAAGUGACAGAAUUGGUUUUGCCUGAAGGAUUGCAAACAAUUAAUGGUUAUGCAUUCUAUAACAGUAUAAUUGAACACUUUGAAUUUCCAAGUUCUGUGGAAACAAUUGAGAAUUAUGCUUUUGGUUAUACGCCAUGUAAAGAGAUGGUUUUCAAAGAAGGUUUGCAAAAUAUUAAUGAUAAUGCCUUCUAUUAUUCAAAAGUUGAAUCAGUUGUACUCCCAAGUACCUUGAAAUACAUCGGAAACUGGGCAUUCUUCAAUUGCAGAAUUUUGAAUAUUGUUUUACCAGAAAAUGCCGAAAUCGAAACAAUCGGAACUUAUGCUUUCAGUUAUAUGAAAGUUUAUAAUUUCACAAUCCCUAAUGGAACAAAAGUAAUUAAUGAAUUUGCCUUCAAAGGAACAUGCAUAGAUAAACUUUUUGUUCCUAAGACAGUUGAACAGAUUGGAAGAUUCGCUUUCACAGGAUUGUUGGCUAAAUCUGUUGAACUAGAAGAAGGAAUCACAAAAUCUGAUGAAUACUCUUUUGCUAUGUCUCAUAUUAAAGAUAUCAAACUUCCUGUCUCAUUAAGAUAUUUCGACCAAUAUUCUUUCCUUUCUUCAGAGAUGAAAGAUGUAUUCAUUUGGAAUAACACCCAGAUAUUCAAUAAUACUUUCGAAUAUUCCACUUAUUUGACCAAUUUGACAAUUCAAAUUGAUUCCAGAAUCCGUGGAUAUUCAUUUAAAGGUUGUUAUUCAUUAAGAAACAUAACAACAUAUGGUGAGUUCACUGCAGAAGAUAACUCAUUCCAAAAUGUUACAAGUGCAACAAUUUACCACUUUGGAUUGCAUGAUAUAAGAAAUCCAACAACAAGAGAAAAUAUGCUUGGUGUUCCAAGCAAUGUUUUUGUUACAUGCUGUUACAGAUCUCCAAAGUUCCUUAAAGUUCGUCCAGUCAAUAUGACAUCAUGCACGGGAAUUUGGAACUGUUUCUCAUAUAACAAACCAUCAAGUUCUGUUAGAUAUGCAGCUCUUGCUGCCAUGUACUUCUCUAGAACAGAAGAUGAUUAA